ACGAGCGGCUCCGAUAGCAUAACAAGAACAAGAGGAAAAGAGAUCCUGCAUUUGCUCAUUGCAGGCUCGAAUCGACGACAUCAGCCCUGACGCGCGCGUUCACGUCCGCCCACACAACCCAGACACCUCACCAUCACAAUGGGUCCCGCCCUCUCUUUCUCUCUCCUGCCCGGACUGUCCCCUCUUUUUUCUCCACUUCUCUCUCUCUGACCGAACUGCCCCUCCCCCACCGCCCUCCUUUCCCAAAGCACCUCGUACGGCCAGCGACAUAGGGGCACUCCGGGCAGCCACACCACUGCCCUUUUUCUCCGGGCAGCUCCCUUUGCCUUUUUGUAGUCUUCACUUGAAUUAAAAAUAGAAAAGAAAGAAGACAGAGAGAGAGAGUGUGAAUUAUUCUGAGUACUAUUUUAGAUUUGUAAGUUUAUAACGAUUUUUUUUUUUUUUUUGGCAAAAACAUUUAUUUAUUUUUGUUAAUUUUUUAAUUGUUCACACCCAACUUUAAACUGGUCAGAUUGUGGGGAAGGGAAGUAGUCUUAUUCUGAGAUUUAUGCAUCUUUGAGCAGACAUUUGUGGGAUAAACUGAGUUUUGUUUGCUCUAUCUGUUGGAAACUGACACUUUCUCUUUUGGGUUUUUGUUGUUUUCCUCACAAGGCUGAUCAAGUUUGGAGCUUUUUACAAGGGUUUGCCAUCUUUGUUUGAUCUUCUCCCUCUAUGAUCUACCUCUUUUCUCAACUGGGUCAUCUUUUUUGGAACCAAAUUUUGUUGGGUGUGGAACGGAGUUUUGAAAUUUGAGAGCUUUUGGUGGGUUUUUUUAACCAUUUUUUUUUUAUGUGGGUUGUGUAGAGAGCUUGACUGGUUUUUUGUAGUGGUGGGAAGGUUGGUGGUUUUGGGGCUUUUAAUGGUAAUUGGGUUUCAUUGUUUAGGCCUAUAGGGUUUGUGAGAGAUGGGUUUGGGAGCUGAGAAUGGGAAAGUGAAAGUGGAGUCUUGGGAUAUAAGCAAAUCCAAGGGGAGGAAGAAGAAGAUGGUAGUGGAUGAUGAUGAUGAUGAUGUGGAUGUGGAGGAAGAGGAGACCGGGUGCUGGCUAAGGCUGAGGUUUUUUGGGAGCUGCAUUUCUUCAAGAUCCAAAGUUGAUAGCUCAAUUAGUGGCACCAGUACUCACUGUGAAAUCAAAUCUACAAAUGAUACAAGCAGAGACCAACCGACGGCUACUGCAGUGUCUAACUCAACCACUAGUAACACAGAAAGUAAUGCAUCCACUUCAAAAUUUGAAGAGGAACUUAAAGUUGCUUCAAGGUUGCGAAAAUUUGCUUUUAACGAUCUUAAAUUGGCAACAAGAAAUUUCAGACCUGAAAGUCUUCUUGGUGAAGGUGGUUUUGGUUGUGUGUUCAAGGGGUGGAUAGAAGAAAAUGGAACUGCUCCAGUCAAACCUGGCACAGGACUUACUGUUGCGGUUAAAACUCUUAAUCAUGAUGGGCUUCAGGGUCAUAAAGAAUGGCUGGCUGAAGUAAAUUUCCUUGGUGACCUUGUCCAUUUAAACUUGGUAAAACUUAUUGGAUACUGCAUUGAAGAUGAUCAAAGGCUGCUAGUGUAUGAGUUCAUGCCUCGAGGGAGCUUGGAGAACCACCUAUUUAGGAGGUCCCUGCCUCUUCCAUGGUCUAUUAGAAUGAAAAUUGCAUUGGGUGCGGCAAAAGGUCUUGCUUUUCUUCAUGAGGAGGCAGAAAGACCUGUGAUUUAUCGUGACUUUAAAACCUCCAACAUCUUAUUGGAUGCAGAUUACAAUGCCAAACUUUCUGAUUUUGGACUUGCCAAAGAUGGCCCGGAGGGUGAUAAAACUCAUGUCUCCACACGUGUGAUGGGAACUUAUGGUUAUGCAGCUCCAGAAUAUGUAAUGACUGGACAUCUUACAUCGAGGAGUGAUGUCUAUAGUUUUGGCGUAGUUUUACUUGAGAUGCUGACAGGCAGAAGAUCUAUGGACAAAAAUCGACCUAAUGGUGAACAUAACCUUGUGGAAUGGGCUCGACCACAUCUAGGAGAUAGAAGAAGAUUCUACCGAUUAAUAGACCCUCGGCUGGAAGGUCACUUUUCAAUAAAAGGUGUACAGAAAGCUGCACAACUAGCUGCCCAUUGCCUUAGUCGAGAUCCAAAAGCAAGGCCCCUAAUGAGCGAUGUUGUUGAAGCAUUAAAGCCAUUGCCAAACCUUAAGGAUAUGGCAAGCUCAUCAUAUUAUUUCCAGACCAUGCAAGGUGACCGAGUUGGAUCCAGUCCGAAUACCAGAAAUGGUGUCAGAACACAAGGAGGAUUGCUUACAAGGAAUGGGCACAGGAGCCUAUCAAUACCAAAUGGCUCCCAUGCUUCUCCAUAUCACCAUCAAUUUCCCCAUCCAUCUCCGAAACCUAAUGGAAAAACUUAAGUAUAGAUGUAUCAUCUGUUAAAUCAUUUGUUCCUGGACAACUGAAAAGGCAACAGAGAGACAUGUUUGCUUGAUGUUAUGUUUAGAGGGGUGACCUCCGGGUAGGGAAAAUGUAAAGGCAGGUGCGGCUUAUCCAGCAAAAUGUCUAUGUCAUAUUGGUUACCAAGAUUGUUACCGACCUUUACAUUGUAUCCUUUGUCAUCUUAUUCCUUCGAUUAAUACAAGUCCCUGUUUCAUAGUCAUUAGUCAA